AUGGCUCCUGUAGGGGACGACGAUGGUGAAGCUGCUGACGAGCCACCGAAGGAUGCGCCCGCGCGAACAGGCCUGGAUUUCCUGCGAGCGCUGCAUGCAAACCCUCCGCCUGUAGGCACUGCAGGCCCGUCUUCUUGCAGCAAUGAGAAAGAGCAAACAGCAUGCCCGACUGCUUCGAAUGCCGUCGCGCCGGACAGUGCUCCCGCCACUGUCAGCGUGACAGAGGUCGGUGAGUCAUCGUCUGCAGCCUCGAAGAAGAGGCGUCGCUUCGCGCAAGCCGUUCUACCGUAUGGCACGCCCCCUGCGAAACCGACUCCGCCUCCAGCUCCUGUCCAAGCUCCGAAGCGCGUGACCCCUGAACUCACCGCCGCCGAGAAGGCUGAGGAGAGAUUUCUGAAGGCGCAGCAGCUAUACAUCACGAAGUGGCUGCCGAAGUUUGACUGGCUGCUGCUUGACAAGAACGAGGAGGGCCUGCCCAUUCUGCGAUGCAGCAUUUGCGUGGAACAUGGGAAAGACGACGCGAAGUUUGGACGGAACGGAGUGGGGGGACGCGAUCUGCAGAUCGGAUCGAUGCGCUGUCACGAGCUGAGCGGCCGCCACGACGAAGCGAUGAAGCAGCAGCAGACACUCAUGGCGGAGAUUGAAAAACAGAAGCGCAUGGACGAUUUUGCCAACACCGACAAGGAGGGCGCGCGGCUUACUCGUCUCAUGCGCGGCGUGAUCUGCGACCAUGACGCACCGAUCGCGAUGUUCCCGAAGCUGAUAGGCUUCCUCGCAGAGGAGGGAGUCGCCGACAUCCCACUUCAGUCCUAUGGCGUGUACAUCACACAGUACGUGCAUGCUAUUAUGUUUUAA